AUGGAGAGAAGCCGCAAAUGUAAUCUCCCAACAGAAAAGGUCUUUCCCAUUCAAAUUGGGUCAGAAUUAUUUCGUCUCUCGGGAGCUUCAAUUGCUUCUGAUGCUCCAUCCUACUUCUCAAAGUUCUUCGAGGAUCAAUUACUUCAAACUCAAGAUGCUGCCAACAUCAGAACUCUUUAUAUCGACCGCGAUCCGACCACAUUCCGUGAAAUCGCCAGACACUUACAAGGUUACCAUGUUCGGCCCCAAGAUGGCGCGCAAUUUGUCAAGCUCUUUGCAGAUGCCCAGUUCUAUACAUUACCCCGGUUGAUGUCACAGCUCUUCGAGUCGGAGUGUUUCAUCCAGAUCGGCGACCGUCACUUCCAAAUCCCUCGCGAUAUCUUUUCCAGUCCCGGCGACACCCCUAAUUUCUUCACCCUCGGAUUCGCCGCCUUCUUUGCUUCCCCGUCCGAGGUCUUCCCCGGUCUGGACCGUCAGGGCCUCCUACGGCCUCCAGCCAUCAUACCUCCAAGCGUGCCGAACCGCUCGGCCGAUGUAUUCGACGAGCUCCUACAUCUGCUGCGUGGGUACCCGCUGCACAUCAGGAACGAGGAUCACCGGGCAGCACUCCUGCGCGACUGUCGUUACUUCCACCUGCGCGGCUUAGAACAAAAGUUGAUCCCCUAUCAGAUAACGACCAACCCCUUCAGCCAACGAUCGGAGAUUGUCAUUCGACUGGAGGAUGUGCGCCCAUCUGGUAUACAGUCUGCGCAGGAUGUCGCAUCUGGGACUGUCCCGGCAGAGGGGAUGGUGACAUACAAGCGGCCAUUUGUGGAUGAGGAUGCCGCGGAUCUGGUUGUUGAGAUUGGCGACGAGUCCAGUGUGAUUCAUCGGGAGAGCAUGCGUGCGGACUUCAUAGGCCUCACCAAGAAAAGAAUCGCCAGUCUAGUACAAACAGUAGGCAAGAAGAUGAACCUGCCCGACUCACAUCCACCAUUGGGCCAAAUUCCAAUCAAGAUUCGCGUUGACCGUGAAACUGAUCUCACAGUGGACGGCGACCAGGACCCUCAGCAUCUGACGAUGGGCUCCAAUAUUGAAACAGGUGUACAGGGUGCGCCUCCAGCCAAACGUCUACGGUCCGAUAGCAAAGCUGACGGGCCAUGGGUUGUUCGCACGGGACAAUGGCGACUGCAGGUUCAGGUAGGCCCUGCCGGUAUGCACGAGGUUAUCUUGGUCGCUGUCAAGUUGGAUGUCUAUACUAGUGCGCAAGUUCGGAAUCGGUCACGGACAUUCCUUUAG